AUGAAAAUCAACAGUGUUUACUUUGAUUUGAUGACGAUGAAUCCAUCAGAACUUCAUUCAUUUUUUGGUUGGAAAUCUUCGAAUCAAAUUAAACAUUUGAUGUUUGAUUAUGGUACGAUUAGGAGUGAGACAUUGAGUCAAAUUAUCACUGAACUCCCCCAUCUGAAGUCACUCAGCUUCUCUUGUGGAUUAGAAUUCGCAGAUCUAGUAAAUCCGUUGAACAUUGAUGGGUUUGUAAGAAUGUUUGAUGGAAGAUGGGUAACAUCUGAUGCACUCAUCAAGAUUCAUUGUCAAGAAAUGCUGAUUUAUUUCAACAAACUCACUUGCACGGACAUCAACUUGUUCAUCAAGAAUUGGAUGAACAGUAAUGAUAUUAAAUUGAGAGUAUUUCAAAUAGCUGCAUCAUUCGGAAACUAUCAAGAAAAACUUUUCCGAGGCUUAGAAGAUUCGUUGAGGCCAUGGGACAAGUCUAAACGUGGACCACUUUUUGAAACACAAGCAUACGCAUUGGAUUGUCAAAAUGGGUUGGAUAUUGAGAGAAGUGAUGGAAUGAUUGCCACUUUAUGUGUGGAUGAAAGUGUUUUCUCAUUCGUCGUUUGGCAUGACAGAUUCCCCCAAGUAACCAAACAGCUUCCGUCUGUAGAAGAAAGUCUACGAGUGCAGUUUUUGACAGCUUUUCUAAGAUCUCCAGAGUGGUAUCAAGCGAUGAAAAACUGA